AAGUUGUUUCAAAAUUUCAAAAGUAGUUUUAGUACUGAAACCAGCAACAAAGAAAUGGCUGGACAAGAUUUUGCAAGAGAAAUAUUUAGUUCUGCAGUUUCUUCUGUUUUACCAGGAGAAAUGAUCAUUAAUAAAGUAAAAUAUGAAAAUGAAAAUAAAAUUUUACACAUUGAAAACAGAGAAUAUUCCUUGAAAAACAAUGUAUAUGUGGUGGGAUUUGGUAAAGCUGUUUUAGGAAUGGCAAGGACAGUAGAAGAUAUUUUAAAGCAUGAGAUUAAAAGUGGUAUUGUUAGUGUUCCAUUGGGCAGUGUAGAAAUGUUACAGCAAUCAGGAAAAAGUGAUAUGUUAUUAAGUAAAGAUAGUAGAAUAGAAGUGUAUGAAGGAGCAGAGAAUAAUUUACCUGAUAAUAAUUCACACAAAGCUGCUAUGAAUAUACACAAUCUAGUCAAAUCUUUAACAAUUGAUGAUAUAUUAUUAGUAUUGAUAUCAGGUGGAGGAUCUUCCUUAUUACCCUCUCCAUAUUCACCUAUAACAUUACAAGAAGAAAUGUCUGUGGUUAAACUCCUUGCUAAAAAAGCUGCUACCAUACAACAAUUAAAUAUGAUAAGAAAAAAUAUAGAAUCUAUGAAAGGUGGUGGUUUGGCAGUGUUAGCACAACCUGCUCAGGUGAUAUCACUUAUACUAUCUGAUGUCAUCAGUGAUCCUUUAUCAGAUAUUGCUAGUGGACCCACAGUGCCUGAUUCCUCAACAUCUCAACAAUGUCUUGAUUUACUUCAAAAGUUUGAAAUAUCAGAGCAAGUUCCAAAAAAUGUUAAAGAUUUCCUGAAAUUCCAGAAUCAAAAUAAGGAUCACAACAAUUCCUGUGAUUGGUCCAAAGUGCAAAAUGUAAUUGUUGGUAGUAAUUCUAUAGCUACUACAUCAGCCUCGGAAAAAGCAGCAAAACUUGGCUUUGUUCCUUUUAUAUUGUCUUCGUCAUUGGAAGGGGAAGCACGAAUAAUGGGUAAUUUAUUUGCUCAUUUGGCUAAAUAUUGUUGUAUGUUGUUUACCAAAAGUCAAGAUCCCCAAUACAAUUCAGUAUUAACUGCAUUAGAAUUUAAUAUAAUUGAAAUGGGAAUUUCUAAAUGUAAUUUAAACAAUUUAACAGUGAUGAUUGAAAUGGCAAUUAAUAGUCAAAGUGGCAUCUGUAUAGUAACAGGUGGGGAAACAACAGUUGAAAUUAAAGGCACUGGUAAGGGAGGUAGAAAUCAGGAAAUGGUUGUGUCUGCUGGGUUAGUUUUAAAUGACAUACUUCAUGAUGAGCAGUGUGACUGUGAUAUAGAGUUUCUUAGUGCUGGAACAGAUGGACAAGAUGGUCCUACUGAUUUAGCAGGUGCAGUGAUAAAUCAAAAUUUUUAUAAAGACUGUCAAAAACAGGGCUUGCAAGUCAAAUCAUAUCUAGAUAACAAUGACUCUUAUCAUAUAUUCUCAGCUUUCAAUGAUGGUCGUUAUUCAGUGAAAACAGGGCUAACUGGUACAAAUGUCAUGGACAUACAAAUAUUAUUGGUAAGACCUAAAUCUGUAAAUGACCAAUUCAGUGUGCAGGUAUGAAUGGAUAUUUUACAUUUGUAUUGUUUUAGUAAUUGGUACCUCAGUCCAUUCCAACUCCAAUAGAACCAUUUUAAUAUUAUUCUCACAAAUUCCAAAUAUGUGAAUAUUUUAAGUGCGGAUUAUAAAUUCACCUUUUAGUGAUAAGAAUAGGUGUAUAAAUAUUUAAUUAUGAUGUAUUGUUGAAUUUGUUAUGAAUUAUUUGUUGAAUUGUUGAUGAAUAAAUAAAACGAAAAUUUG